GUCACUUAGUGCAGGUAGUGCCGUGUCUUCCCACUAGAUGGCGGAAGAGAUGAAUGCAUUCGAGUAAGCGAUUUAUUGUUGAGUCAUAGGCCACGAUUGCGAUUGCUCCACGACAGUAAAAAAACAAAUAUUUCACAGGAGUAUUUUCAAGGAUUGCCCUCUUGCAUGUUUGACCCUGGGUCACCACUGGGCGUCACAAUGACAAAGUCUGCCAUGAUCACCUUAACUCUGCUGCUGAUUCCACUAUCGUGUGUAUCUGGUGGCAAAAUACUAGUUUUCCCUUUAGAUGGGAGCCAUUGGAUAAACAUGAAAGGAAUCAUCGAGAAACUUCACGCUAAAGGCCACAAGAUCACAGUGGUGCGUCCGUCCGAUAGCUGGUACAUCUCCGAAAAGUCCUCUCGCUACACCUCUAUCAAUCUUCCUGGUCAGGACGGAUUUAAGGAUCACUUUGAAUCAUUUGUGUCGCAACAACUGGAACUGAAGCUUCAGGGGAGGUCUCUAUCGCUUCUGCCUCGCAUUUGGAAAAAGAUGGAGAAUCAGGUCCUGGUUAUUAAUCAGUUUUCGUUAUUCCACAAAAUGCAUUGCGAGACAGUUGUUCAGAUGUUUGAAAAUGAAACUCAAAUGCAGGCCUUUUCUGAUGCUAAAUAUGACGUCAUGUUGACCGACCUCGGGAUAGGUGGAGGGGCACUGCUUGCACGUCGUCUCCGCCUUCCCCUCGUUUACAAUGUCAGGUGGACCCUGCAAGGCGAAUCUCAUGACCUCAUUGCCCCCUCCCCGCUGGCAUACACUCCCUUUCUUGCAGCACUGUUAACAGAUAAAAUGACUUUCCCACAAAGAAUCAUUAAUGUUUUAUCCUACACGAUUGGUUUCUUGUCAACCAAGUACAUAUCAGAACCUCACUACAAACCAAUAAUCAGGCGCUACUUUGGUUCGAGUGUGGAUUACUCCACAUUUUUCUUAGAUGCUGACAUAUGGCUUAUGAGAAACAAUUUUAUCUUUGAAUUUCCGCGACCCACGAUGCCAAAUGUUGUCUACAUGGGGGGGUUUCAGUGCAAGCCUCCGAAGCAGCUCCCCGUGGAUCUGGAGGAGUUUGUCCAGAGUUCUGGAAAUCACGGGGUGGUGAUCAUGACUUUGGGGACUCUUGUGGCGAAGCUUCCCCUAGAUGUCACUGAGGAAAUCGCUGCAGCCUUUGCCCAGCUGCCCCAGAAGGUAAUUUGGAGGUAUUUAGGACAAAAGCCCAUCAACCUGGGCAACAACACGCUACUGGUAAACUGGCUGCCACAGAAUGACCUCUUGGCCCAUCCCAAAACAAGAGUAUUUGUCACUCAUGGAGGCAUCAACGGGGUCCAAGAAGCAAUUUACCACGGCGUUCCGAUCGUAGGACUUCCACUGUUUUUCGAUCAGCACGACAAUAUCAACAGAAUGCAAGCAAGGGGAGGAGCAGUGAAUGUGGAUUUUGCCGUGCUUGACAGGCACAACUUUGCAGACGCGCUUGUGACAGUUCUUCACAACUCGUCAUACAGGGAAAACAUGCAAAGGCUCUCGAGGCUGCAAAGUGAUCAGCCAAUGAAACCAAUGGACCUGGCAGUCUUUUGGAUUGAAUAUGUUAUUAGACAUAAAGGAGCUAGCCAUCUGAAGGCACAAUCCAACAAAAUGUCCUCGAUUGUUUACCACUCGGUUGAUGUCAUUCUUGUUUUGCUGGCAGUGGCUUUCCUUCUAAUAGUCACUUGCCUUUUCAUGUUGAGAUUUAUGUGUAAAAAAUGUUUUAGUGUGAAAAAAACUAAACACGAUUAAGAAAAAAUAACAGCUUGACUCUGGA